AUGUUUUUAUUUUGUUUUCUUAUUAUAUUUUUCUUUUUCUAUUUUUCGCAUUUUUUCGUUUCUAUGUUUUACCAUCUUCUUUCUUUCUUUUUUCUUUCUGUCAUUUUUCUCGUUUUUUUUCUCUCUUUAUUCUCUUUCUUUCAUUUUUCUCAUUUUCUUUUUCUUUUUUCUCAUUUCUCUCCAUUUUCUAAUUGCCCCCUUUCUUCCUUGUUUGCUUUUCUUAUUUUCUUCUGUUUCCUUCCAUUUCUGAUUUUCUUUCUUUUCUCUUGUUUUUCUUUCUUUUGUUUCCUCAUUUUCUUCUUUUUUCUUUUCUCAUUUUCUUCUUUCUUUCCUUCCUUUUCUUCUUUCCUUCUUUUACUCAUUUUUUCUUUUCUUUUUUUUCUUCUUCUUUCCUUUUAUCAUUUUUCAAUAUCUUUCCUUCUUUUUCUCAUUUUCUCUUUCUUUCCUUCCCUUUCUCAUUUUCAGUUUUCCCAUUCUGUCAUUUUUUUUCUUUCCUUUCUUUCCUUUUUUUCAUUUUUUAAUAUCUUUAUUUCCUAUCUUUUCUCGUUUUCUUCUUUCUUCCCUUUUCUUAUUUUUUCUUUCCUUCUUUCAUUUUCUUACUUCUUUUUCUCCCUUUUCCCAUUCUUUUCUUGCAUUUCUUUUUCAUUUUCUUUUUCGUUCCUUAUUUUUCAUUAUCUUGUUUUCCUUCUUUUUCUCGAUUUCUUUUUUCAUUUUCUCAAUUUCUUUUUUCCUUCCUUUUCACGUUUUUUUUUUUUCCUUCCUUUUCUCAUUUCUUUCAUUUUUUCUUUAUUUCUUUACUUGUUUUCAUUUCUUCAUCUCUUAAGAUUUUUCAAUUCAUCUUUUUCCUUUGUUACUUUAGCUGAAUGUUUCUUUUUUUAUUUUACAAUUGUCUUCUUUCGUUUUAUUUCCUCCUUUACAUUUCUAUACACGCAUAUACAAAAAUAA